AUGGGCGAGCUUCCGUUCUUCAGGGCGCAGUCAGCCUCGCAUCCAGACCACCUGUGGAUCUGGGAAAAGGAUGUGUAUGUGGACGAGAACCACCGCACCUGGCUGCCCAUAGGCUUCGAGAGGGACGACAGCUUCCAAGUCCUCAUGCGCCAAGCAAACGUUCCCCUGGGGGAGGCAGUGUGCCCCAGCCAGACCCAUCCGUAUCAUCUGCCGUUGAUGUGGCAGCUCUACCCCGGAGGAAGGUACCGGGACUCAGACUCCAAUUUCUGGCUCAUAGUGUACCAUGUUCAGUGCAACGGCAUGGAGGACAUGCUCCUUGAACGGCUGCCGGACCCGGAGCAGGAGUGA